AUGACGGCCCGUCUCAACAUCGCCAUCCUGCUCUUGGUGCUGGCGAGCGCCGCCACUGCACACGGCGGCAGGCUUUGGGGCAACAAUUUCCUACUCUACAGCGCGAACGCCGAGGACUAUGCCAGGGUCGAGUUCACCACCGGCAACUACAUCAUCCGCUGCGCGGACAACAUCAGCAAGGGCUUGGCAACUCGCUUUUACGGAGAGUCGGCGGCUAUGUCCUCGUCCAUGCGCUACAAACUUGACCUUCUCCCUCAAUUGUGGCGAUGA